UAUCAAACUUUAGAGCUUCGAUUUACUCAUUAGGGUUUGAUCUAUUAUCCUAUGGCUUUUAUCAUAAAGAUUAGGUUUUAUGGUUUCAUUCUUUAUCAAACAAUCCAAAUUCGAUUAAUAUGUUCUUAGAUUUCGAAUUACCUUUUAGCUUAGUUGAUUGUUGAAACCGGACCAACAAAGAAUGAACCUCGAGCUGGCCUGGACGCAAGCUGACUGCGAACGGAUUGAGGCUGGGGUUGCGAGCGGCUGAUCGGGGACACGAGCUGUUUGCUGUCGGAUCGCGAGCGGUUUGAUCGUCUGGUGCGAACGGGACGCUUGCUGUCCGGGAACGCGAGCUGUCCUGGAUGGUAGCUGAGGCUGAGUUCGCCUAGGAUCAGGCUGGAGCUGAUCGGAGACCUGAGCUGGAACAAAAGACGCGAUCGGAUGAUUAGGGUUCGUCGGGUCGCGGCUAGGUUUAGGGUUUUGCGAUUUUGGUUUUGGCUCAGGAUAUUUAGAGUUUCGUGCUGAUAACGUGUUAUAAAUUAAUGGGAGAAAUAGAUUGUAUAUAUCUCAAUUUAUGGAGUCCUUUAUAAAUAUAUAGGGAAUUGCAAUAGAUCAUCAUAGAUAAAUGGAAAGUAUACAGUAGAAAAGAAAUAUGCCUAUUUGGUUAUGGCAUUCACAAAUUGGUUCAUAACAAUGAGCUAUAUAAAUAUACGAGGAGACGAAGGGAUUCAUAUUUAUCUCCAAACCUGUGUCCCUCUCUCUCUCUCUCUCUCAACAUUCGAAACCCUGUGGCUGUGAGUAUAUAGUUCAUUAUUUUCGUCCUCUUAUACACUCUCGUCUAUGUUUCUAUGUUCCUUUUGUCAGAUUGAAACUUGUUAAAAUUAACUAUUAGAAUUUCACAGCGGAAUCUUUAAUCUCUAUGUUUAUAGUUUUAUUUGUGGUCUGAUAAUUAGAUUUACAAAUUCGGGAGAGUACGUGAAUCGUGAUCAGCCACGGUCGGGUCAAGAAUAAUGGGGAGUCAAGUUGACAGCAAGUUCACUUGGGUGAUUAAGAACUUAGCCCCUUUUGGAUCGGAGAUAAUUUGUUCUGACUCAUUCGUAAUUAGUGGCUGCAAAUGGUACGUGAGACGAAAACUAUUCUCUAAUGUUAACGUGUACGUAUGCAUAUAUGCUCUCGUUGAUUUGUUUUUUUUUUCCUACAGGCGUCUUAUUGCCUAUCCCAAAAGAAAAUGGCUUAACUACUUGACUUUGGAAGUGGCUGAUUGUGAAUCUUUUCCUAUUGGAUGGAGAAGGCUAGCAAAUUUUUCCGUGACUAUAGUAAAUAAGGCUCUUGAACAAAUCUACCGACGACAAGUAACACAACAGUGGUUUGAUCACAAGACUCCCAGGUUGAGUUUUCCACUCAUGAAAACCACCCUUGGGUUUCUGGUGGAUGAAGAAGUCAAAAUUGUUGCUGAGAUAGAUGUUGUUGAAGUUAUCAUUAAUGGAUUCCAAGUUCUUCCUUCACAGGUCAAAUCUGUCAACCGUUUGUUUAAGAGAGAGCCAGACAUUGCAUCAAAGUUUCCUAUAAACAACCCACUUCUGAAGACAGCAUACAUGAAUGUCCUACUCAGCUUGACUAAGACUUUGCACCUGUCACCUCAGAAAAUCUCCAACGGUGAUCUGUCUGAUACAGAAACUACUCUUGCACACAUGAAAACUAUAGGGUUUAAGUUGGAACUGUUGGAGAAAAAAAUUUGUGAGAUAAAAGAAAAGAAGGCAAAAGAGAAAGCUGGUAAGAUUAAGAUCCAAAAUACUGAGGAAAAGUUGAAGGAUUUGAAGCAGAAGUGCUUAGACCUUGAAGCUCAGCUGGAGACUGAGAAGGCAGAGGUUUUGGCUGCAAGUGCUCCUCUCUUGUUGUCUGAUGAUGAAGAUGUUUUCUGAUGGAUUGAGUUCUUAGUUACUUGAGUUUAGGUUCUUCUAAUGCUAGGGUUGGUAACUAAAUGGUUUGUAGU